CAGCAGUGGGACGAAGUAGAAAAGAGCAAGGCUGAAACUAUCUUUUUAAGGAUAAAAACGUCCAAUAUAUAGAGCACAAAGUGUGUUCAUCAUGUCAGUGGCCUGCUGUCUCCUGUCCGAGGAAUGCUUUCUAUGCGCCAUCUGUCUGGAUGUGUUCAACACCCCUGUCACUGUACCAUGUGGACACAACUUCUGCAAGAACUGCAUCAUCCAAGACUGGAAGAUAAACCGCAAAUACCAGUGUCCCGUAUGUAAGAAGCAUUUUAGCCCACUUCCUGAUCUGAAUGUCAAUACGUUUGUGUCUGAAAUGACUGCUCAGUUCAGACAGGCAGUGGAAGAAACAGCCUCAGAACAACAGAAGCCCAGGGAGGUGCCUUGUGACGUUUGUACUGGGAAAAAAAAGAAAGCCCUGAAAUCCUGCUUGGUGUGCAUGGCUUCGUACUGUGGGAUGCACCUCGAGUGGCAUCAGAAAGUAUCAGGCCUGAAAAGACAUAAGCUCACAGAUCCGGUGGAAAAUAUACAAGACAGGCUGUGCACAGAGCAUGAUGAAUUAAUGGAGCUUUUCUGCAAGACUGAACAAAUGUGUAUAUGUCAACUUUGUGCUCACACCGGCCAUGACUCACACCAAGUUGUACCCAUGAGACAAGAAUAUGAUGAAAGGAAGCAAGAUUUGGGGAAAACAGAAGCUGAAUUUCAGGAAAAGGUCCAAGAGAGAGAGAGGAAAGUACAGGAGUUUGCAUAUUCAAUAAAGCUUAGCAAGGAAGCCUCAGACAAAUGGAUUGCAGAAAGUGUGCAGGUUUUUACAGCUUUCAUUCAGUCUGUUGAAACCGGCUUAACUGAGCUCACUGACACAAUUAAAAUGAAGCAUGCGACAGUGACAAAAGAAGCUGAGGAGUCAAUCAAAGAACUAAGUCAGGAAGUAUCGCAGCUAAGGGAGAGAAUUGCAGAGGUGAAGCAGCUCUCAGAGUCUGAAGACCAUUUUCAAUUCCUCCAAAUCCUCCCACAUCUGAACUUGUCGGUUCCCACAAAGGACUGGAUGGAAGUGAGCCUCCGUCAGCCAGCGUAUGAGAGAGCUGUGGCCAGAGCUGUGGCCCAGCUGAAGGAGACGCUCACUAAAGAGACUGAGCAACUGUUGAAAAACAAACAGGAACAGAUAACACAUGCUAUACCUGGAGAUCAGCCACUGGAGUCUAAAGAAGAGGAAUGGAAAUGACUACAUUGCUGUUACUGUUCAGUUCCCAGGGUCAGAACCAGACACAGAGAGGCUGUGUUCAGCUUCUAUGUUCCACAUGUCUGGAACAAACUCCCAGAAAACCUCAGAUCAGCUGAAACACUCAGUUUAUUUAA